CACACCUUCUCCCAGCUCACCUCCAGCUCCACCACCCCACCAUGGCCGUCUCCACCCUGUCCGUCUGCUCCAGCGACCUGAGCUAUGGCAACCGCAUCUGCCUGCCCGGUUCCAGUGACUCUUGCACUGACUCCCAGCAGGUGGACGACUGUCCAGAGAGCUGCUGCCAGCCCUCCUGCUGUGCCCCCAGCUGCUGUGCCCCAGCCCCCUGCCAGACCCUCAUCUGUGCCCCAGUGAGCUGUGUGUCCAGUCCCUGCUGCCAGGCAAUCUGUGGGCCCAGCCCCUGCCAAUCAGCCUGCACCCUCUCCUGCACACCCUUGUGCUGCCAGCAGUCUGGCUGCCAGCCCUCCUGCUGCACCUCUUCCCCCUGCCAGCCCUCCUGCUGUGUGCCCGUCUGCUGCAAGCCUGUGUGCUGCACACCCAUCUGCUGCAAGUCCGUCUGUUGCACACCUGUCUGCUGCAAGCCUGUGUGCUGCACCCCCUGCCCCUCAUCCUGCUGCAGACCCUCCUCCUGUGUGUCUGUCAUCUGCCGCCCUGUGUGCAGACCUGCUUGCUGCGCACCCGUCUCCUCCUGCUGUGCCCCCACCUCCUCCUGCUGCCAGCCCAGCUGCUGCCGCCCAUCCUCCUGCGUGUCCCUCAUCUGCCGCCCUGUGUGCUCCCGCCCAGCCUGCUGCGUCCCUGCCUCAGCCCAGAAGACCUGUUGCUGACCAGGCAUGUCCCCUCAGGGCCAGCUGGGUUCAAGUCUCACCUUGUGACUGUGGUCCUCCCAGCCACCACUCAGUUUAGCCCUGACCCAUGUUAUAUGGCUGACCCCACCCAGGAUGGGGUCCCUCCGGUCUCCCCUGUCCUCACCUGACCUCUGUUCCCAGGAACCCCUGACCUUGCUGCUUCCCCAACCUCUUGCCUCCCAGGAGUCACCUCCACC